GCCUUUCACUGACGCAGUCCACUCUGACUCUAUGCAGCUUUACUCUUCUCUGUAUCGCCCACUCACAGCAGGCAGGCUAUGAUUUGUGUUGUGGUGAGGGUACAAGAUGCCUUUUACUUUCAUUUUAUUCCUUCCUGGAUGAACUGAAAGGUGCAGCCUAACUGAUUCUAGGCAGACGUCUGUCGAGUUUGUGGGUUUAUGCUGCUGCAUAUUCAGCUUGUCAGAUAACCAGACUUUACCCAGCCUCAGAAGGAGCAGAAUGUCAGAAACAGAGGAGUUGUUCAAGGCUGUGCAGCUUGACCAAAAUGCUGCAGAGUCCACUAAACCAGAGCCAGAGAUCCCUCAGCCUUGUUUGAGUGGAGCUGACCCGGCCAGCACUCAGACACCAGAAACAGGAGAGGGAACACCAGCCCCAGCAUCCACUGAGGCUGCCCAAGGGGGGAGGUGGACCUCCGCUGUGGAGCAGUUCAAGCUCAAGAGAUUCUUUGUCCUUCGGCCCGGGACUCUGGAUCAUGCCAUCGAGGAUAUCAAAGCUGUGGUAAACCCCAAGGAUGAUGGCGCUGUCGAGAGCAUUUGGCUAAUGGCUGAGAUUGAUCAUUGGAACAAUGAGAAAGAGCGGCUUGUGCUCAUCACAGAGAACUCGCUCCUCAUCUGCAAGUAUGACUUCAUCAUGCUGAACUGUGAGCAGAUCCAAAGAGUUCCACUUAACUUUGUGGAUCGCAUUACUCACGGGACCUUCUCCUUCCCCCCUCGCUCCCUCCUUAAGCGUGAGGGAGAGGGGGUGCGAGUGUUCUGGGACAGGCUCAGGGAGCCCUCUUUCACAUCUCGUUGGAACCCUUUGGCGGUUGACUAUCCCUACACUACACUGACCUACCACCCUGUGCGAAACAUCAACGACAAGCUGGCCAGAAUGUGUGAGAUCCACACCUUCAGAGAGCAGCUGACCGCAGCAGCGCAGAAAGCCCAUGCUCGGAAUCCGGUUCCAGGAAAGGCUAAUGGAGUUUUGGUUCUGAACCAGCCAAUCCUCAUCGAGGCCUACGUGGGGCUCAUGUCUGUCAUAGGCAACCAGAACAAGCUGGGCUAUUGCCUGGCUAGAGGAAACAUUGGCUUCUGAACAGAGGCGAUAAAAAGAGAGGUUUCUGAAUCUGUAAAAAGUUGAGGUUUAUAUUCUUGCAGUGGUAACAAAACCUUGUAUCUUUGAAAUCUUCAAUCUUUAAACAGGGACUGAUCAUGGCCUCACAAGGCCCCUCUGGGCACAAGCUUCUUUGGAAGAGCCUCCCCUGCCCCCAGCCACACACUCUGACAGCUAGCAAAAUAUAAUGGAGAAAAAAGUAAACCUGAAAAUUAACUUCACCUUUGUUUAUGUGUGCAUUCUCAAUUAAAGCUGUGCUGUGUAAGAAUUCUAGAACAAACUUGUAGAUUUCUGAGUUAGAUGGUUAUUGAUCACUCUUUUAGAUAAAACAGUAUACCAUAAAACCAGCUAAAAUGACAAUUUGAGUUAAGUGUAAAAGUGUGGCCAGGACCCAAAAUUUUGUUUAACAAUUCUAACUAUAAUAUCUAAUAACAGCUCAGCCAGUUUGCAUUGAGGUCCAUGUAGUUACUAAGUAAUAAGCCUAAGUAUGCAAUAAGCCUGGGAAUUUGAGGUGGUAAUAUGAAAACAAAACCAAUAGAAACUAGCACAGAGCCAUCAGUUCAGGACUGAACAAGAAACAGAUACCAAAAUUGCCAUAAGCUCACAUAUUGUCACAUAUUGAAAGUGCAUAAUAAAAAGUAGAAUUCCUGUAAAUGAAGAACAGGGAUAGAGUCAAACUGAUUGCACUAACUAAUAAAGUUCUUCAUUGUUCCUUCUUAGCGAUGGGAAUGAUGGAAAAAAAUCACCACACCAUACCCAUACAGCUAAAGACUGCUGUUUAGUCUAGAUAGUGGCCUCCUAUCCUGAUUCUAGAGAGGUAACUUCCCACAGAGCCACACCUGCUUCAGCUAAUCAACCUCUUCCCAAGUCCCUGAUUGGCUAGAUGAGAUGUAUUAGCGCUCAGUAAAGGGCGGGGCAGCUUAUUAGAUACAUAUUGGAGCUAAACUCUGAAGGUAGCUUUCCAAAACCAGUGUUGGAGACCACUGUUCUAACAACUCUCUCCAGAUAGAAUUUCACAUACCUCACCUUUAAACUGAAUAGAACUCAAGAUUGAAGUGAGAGAAACCAGCAGUAACUCAAAGGGAAAUAGUCCAGUGUAGCUGAAGGACUAACUAGAAAGUGGCAAACAAAAAGAUUUCAGGACAGCUAAUUAGUUCAGCUCAGUUGGUAUCCAACACUGAAAUGAUGCUCCAAGGUAUCAAUACUCACUUCUGUUUGUGUACUGAAGUUAUUUCACCCCAUGAAAAGAUUUUUUUGAAGCUCUUAUUUCACUCUCUGAAGAUUUCAAAGUAUUUGUAUCUUGAACUUUCAUAUCAUUAUGGCUGUCUAGGCAUGAAAUUCUCUGACUCCUCUGUCUUCGCAUCUGAUGUGACACAAUGCGUUUUGUUACAAAUCAAAAACUGAAAAAAGAAAUGCAAAUUACAAAAUGUUGUGUGUUAUUACACAUUUCCACCAGAGAGGUCUCUAAAUCCCCAAAACCUACAUAGUGCAGCUGUAAUGUGCAAUAGCCUCUUAUGUCAUGCACAAUGGGGCUUUUAAUUUUGUUGAAUUUUCAUGAUUAAAAUAGCAUUGGGCUUGCUCUUUGUGUUACUUAUACUUGCAGGAGGUGGCAGCAUAUAGGCUGAGGGGCCUUUAUUUCUUUUACUUGAUCAUUAUAUGUCCCCAGUUUUUGAGCCACCUCCUACUUGUGGGCCUCGAAGGCCCUUGGCAGUCAGAGGCCCCUGGGCACUGACCUGGUCAGUAAUCCAUCCGUGUUUGGAUAUGGAAAAAUGUUCUUAUUUUCACUGUGAGAUAAUGUAAGAACAUUUUAUUUCAAAUAAUUUUGGACCACAUCUAUUGGUCCAUUCAUCAUGAAUUACAAGGUUUAGAAAUGAAAGCAUUUUUUUUUCAUUUAAAAAAUCUUUAUACAUUUUGCUUAAAGUUCUGUUUGAUUGUGGGCAUGUUGUUCAUAGUUCUGACUGUAAACAGCUCCAAGACCUCAAAUCUAAAAGCAAUGCCAUUACUGGCAUCUCUCAUUCGUGACACUGUCCACUUUCUUGUCAGUAAAAAAGCACUGCAACUUAUUUAAGGUGUGGUUCUGUCUGUUGAAACUGGCUUUCUGAUGACUUCAUAUUUUGUCAUUAGGAUGUUCUUUGUAAUUGGAUUGUAAUUUGGAUUUGUAAUACAUUUUAGGUCUGACCUCCAAA